AUGAAGCCAAACUCCCCGGAGGUGCUGGCGAACGAGGCCAUCCGUAGCCCCGCGCGGGGAGGCGGCAGAGCAGACCCCGGCAGGCCCGGGUGCCCGGGCGCCCCUGGCUCGCGCCGUCGGAGCGCGGGGGCCCCCUCCUGCGCGCCCGCCCGCUCUUUCUUUCUCGCGGCCCUCCCUCCGCUGCCCCCGCCCUCGCUCCCUAUUUGGAGCGGAGACACCCCUGACGUCGGAGCCGCUCGGCCCGCCGCUCCCCCGCACCGCGCGCCCGCCCGGGGCCGCAGACGGCGCGAGCGCAGCCCAGCCCAGCCUGCCCCGCACCGGCUCCGCGCGCGCGAGCAAGAAACUGAGCCACUGGGGAGAGAGUGCAAAGGGCAAUUCCAGGCUCUGAAGGCCACGAUGCUUUGGGUCCUGGUGGGGGCAGUCCUCCCCGCCGUGCUGCUGGCAGCCCCACCACCCAUCAACAAGCUGGCGCUGUUCCCGGACAAGAGUGCCUGGUGCGAGGCCAAGAACAUCACCCAGAUCGUGGGCCACAGCGGCUGUGAGGCCAAGUCCAUCCAGAACAGGGCGUGCCUCGGACAGUGCUUCAGCUACAGCGUCCCCAACACCUUCCCGCAGUCUACAGAGUCCCUGGUGCAUUGCGACUCCUGCAUGCCGGCCCAGUCCAUGUGGGAGAUAGUGACCCUGGAGUGCCCAGGCCAUGACGAGGUGCCCCGCGUGGACAAGCUGGUGGAGAAGAUCUUGCACUGCAGCUGCCAGGCGUGUGGCAAGGAGCCAAGCGCCGAGGGCCUGAGCGUCUAUGUACAGGGCGAGGACGGGCCGGCCCCCCAGCCCGGCCCCCACCCUCACCCCCACCCCCACCUGGGGGAGCAGACCCCGGAGCCCGAGGACCCCCCGGGGCCCCCCCACACCGAGGAAGAGGGGGCUGAGGACUGAGGCCCCCAACUCUUCCCCCCCUCUUGUCCCCCUGUGGAAUGGUGGGCCUGCCCUCAGGGGGGAGGGAGGCGGAGAGGCCGACCCCCUCCCCGCUUGGCACGGGAUGGACUUGGAUUCAGGCUGGACUUGGAAUGCUGCCCUGUGGCCACGGGGGUCUGAAGGGAGGGGUUGGCACCAUGCGGCACAAUCUAAUAUAUUCAAGAG